UGAGCCAGCGCAGGCGAGCUAGCUCAGGGGCUGCGGCGAUCUCUCGAUAAGCCACCUAGAGGCGACUCUGCGCGCGCUCCCCAGUGGCUCCCCGCCCUCCUUCUGAUCAUGUUGACAUAUUCACAGGACAGGCAGUAGUACCGAUGCGGCGCUGCGACGUUACAGUUUCCGACACCUUCUUUUUAUAACUCGGCUCUAUCCCCCAGCACUCGACCUGUGAAAACCACGCCUAUGAAGCAACACAAUUGGUCCGAAAGCGUCAAAGAGCCAAUCAAGAGGCCUCCGGCUCCCCGCAGCCCACAGCAGAGCCCGACCUUCUAGAGCCGCCGAGCAGACGCCCGGGGAAUUCUAGAGGCGGAGGAGGGUGGCGCGGAGCUCUCUCUCGCUCGCUCGCUCGCUCUCGCUCCCUCCCUCUCCUCGCGCUCCCUCUCCCACUCCGUCCCUCUCUCUCUCCUCUCUGUUUCUCUCUCUCUCUCCCCCUCUUCCCUUUUCAUUCCCCCCUACUAAAUCCUCCCUGCCCUGCGCGUCUGGACGCAGAUUUAGGAAGCGAUUUCGCUCACGUUUUAGGACAAGGAAGACAGGCGCGGGAGGAGAGCACGGCAAGACUCGGAUUGCAACCCAGACACCCUCCGGAGGCUCGGAGCAGAGGAAGGAGGAGGAGGGCGAACGGAAGCCAGUUUGCAGUUCAAGUUUUGAUAGCGCUGGUAGAACAGGGCUUAAAUCAGGAGUUGUUGUGUUUUUCUGUUUUGGUUGUUUGGUUUGGUUUUUUAAAGGCGAGAGACUUUUCCGCUCUCUCGCUCGCUGGUGAAGCCGGGUCUAGCGCAACUGCAGACGCCUCCAGCGAGAAAGAGGGAGAGGAAGACAGACAGGGGGGCGGGGAAGAAGAAGGAGAAGAAAAGGUAAAAAGUCUCCCGAGCGGAGCCGUUCGCAUUUGCAACAAAGAACUGGGGGCCGGGGAGCUAUUCCCGGGACCGGGGGCUGCGGUGUCUCUUCCGGCGAAGCGGCGGGGCUCGGGCGCGGGUGAGACCCUGCUCGCUCCUCUCGCCGGUGAAACCGACUUCCAGGAGCGGCUUUUUAAAAAAACGCAAGGCACAAGGACAGUCACCCAAGCGACUAUGUCUCCUGAUUUCUCGCCUUGCCCUCUUUAAAAGCGGCAUCCCCCCUCCCCGAGAGACUCUUUCCUCCCCCUUCCCUAGGGUGCACGAGUGGUGAUUCCCCCCCCUUUUUUUUCUUUCUUUCUUUCUUUCUUUCUUUUUUUUUUUUUUUUUUCCCUUUCCAAACUAUGUGCUGCUGAAAAACCAAAAACAAAACCAAACAGCAGCUGCGGACUUGUCCCCGGCUGGAGCCCAGCGCCCCGCCUGGAGUGGAUGAGCCUCUCCAUGAGAGAUCCGGUCAUUCCUGGGACAAGCAUGGCCUACCAUCCGUUCCUACCUCACCGGGCGCCGGACUUCGCCAUGAGCGCGGUGCUGGGUCACCAGCCGCCCUUCUUCCCCGCGCUGACGCUGCCUCCCAACGGCGCGGCGGCGCUCUCUCUGCCGGGCGCCCUGGCCAAGCCGAUCAUGGAUCAAUUGGUGGGGGCGGCCGAGACCGGCAUCCCUUUCUCGUCCCUGGGGCCUCAGGCGCAUCUGAGGCCUCUGAAGACCAUGGAGCCCGAAGAAGAGGUGGAGGAUGACCCCAAGGUGCACCUCGAGGCCAAAGAACUUUGGGAUCAGUUCCACAAGCGGGGCACCGAGAUGGUCAUUACCAAGUCGGGAAGGCGAAUGUUUCCUCCAUUUAAAGUAAGAUGUUCUGGGCUGGAUAAAAAAGCCAAAUAUAUCUUGUUGAUGGACAUUAUAGCUGCUGAUGACUGUCGAUAUAAAUUUCAUAAUUCUCGGUGGAUGGUGGCGGGUAAGGCUGACCCUGAAAUGCCAAAGAGAAUGUACAUUCACCCAGACAGCCCUGCUACCGGGGAACAGUGGAUGUCCAAAGUUGUCACUUUCCACAAACUGAAACUCACCAACAACAUUUCGGACAAACACGGAUUUACUUUGGCCUUCCCAAGUGAUCACGCAACGUGGCAGGGGAAUUAUAGUUUUGGUACUCAGACAAUAUUGAACUCCAUGCACAAAUACCAGCCUCGGUUCCACAUUGUGAGAGCCAAUGACAUCUUGAAACUUCCCUAUAGUACAUUUCGGACUUACUUGUUCCCCGAAACCGAAUUCAUCGCUGUGACGGCAUACCAGAACGAUAAGAUAACUCAGCUAAAAAUAGACAACAACCCUUUUGCAAAAGGUUUCCGGGACACUGGAAAUGGCAGGAGAGAAAAAAGAAAACAGCUCACCCUGCAGUCCAUGAGGGUGUUUGAUGACAGACAUAAAAAGGAGAAUGGCACCUCAGAUGAGUCCUCCAGCGAACAGGCUGCCUUCAACUGCUUUGCUCAGUCCUCGUCUCCAGCUGUGUCCACUGUGGGGACGUCAAACCUCAAAGAUCUGUGUCCCAGCGAGGGUGAGAGCGACGCCGAGGCCGACAGCAAAGAGGAGCAUGGCCCCGAGGCCUGCGACGCGGCCAAGAUCUCCACCACCACGUCGGAGGAGCCGUGCCGCGACAAGGGCAGCCCCGCGGUCAAGGCGCACCUCUUCGCCGCCGAGCCUGGCGGCCGGCCCCGGGACAGCGGGCGGCUGGACAAGGCGUCGCCCGACUCGCGCCACAGCCCGGCCACCAUCUCGUCCAGCACCCGCGGCCUGGGCGCCGAGGAGCGCCGGAGCCCGGGCCGCGAGGGCGCGGCCACGUCCAAGGCCGAGGAGGGGCGCGCGCUGCCGGGCAAGGAGGCCUUCGCGCCGCUCACGGUGCAGACAGACGCGGCCGCCGCCGCCGCGCACCUGGGCCAGGGCCCCCUGCCCGGCCUCGGCUUCGCCCCCGGCCUGGCCGGCCAGCAGUUCUUCAACGGGCACCCGCUCUUCCUGCACCCCGGCCAGUUCGCCAUGGGGGGCGCCUUCUCCAGCAUGGCGGCGGGCAUGGGGCCCCUGCUGGCCACCGUGUCCGGGGCCUCCACCGGCGUCUCGGGCCUGGAUUCCACGGCCAUGGCCUCCGCCGCCGCGGCGCAGGGACUAUCGGGGGCGUCGGCGGCCACCCUGCCUUUCCACCUCCAGCAGCACGUCCUGGCCUCUCAGGGCCUGGCCAUGUCGCCUUUUGGAAGCCUGUUCCCUUACCCCUACACGUACAUGGCCGCGGCGGCGGCGGCGUCUUCGGCCGCGGCCUCCAGCUCCGUGCACCGCCACCCCUUCCUCAACCUGAACAGCAUGCGCCCGCGGCUGCGCUACAGCCCCUACUCCAUCCCCAUGCCGGUCCCGGACAGCGGCAGCCUGCUCACCACAGCCCUGCCGUCCAUGGCGGCGGCCGCGGGGCCCCUGGACGGCAAAGCCGCCGCGCUGGCCGCCAGCCCGGCCUCGGUGGCGGUGGACUCAGGCUCGGAACUCAACAGCCGCUCCUCCACGCUCUCCUCCAGCUCUGUGUCCUUGUCGCCCAAACUCUGCCCCGAGAAGGAGGCGGCCACCAGCGAACUGCAGAGCAUCCAGCGGUUGGUCAGCGGCCUGGAAGCCAAGCCGGACAGGUCCCGCAGCGGGUCCCCAUAAACCUCUCCCUAGAAAAAAAUCUCUUCAUUCCAGUCCAGUCCAGUCUGCAGUGCACUUUGUUGGAUGUAAAAUAAACCACGGGCGUGCAGUGGGGUUGGCCCUUCUUUGUGCAGUCCUGUCUGGGAAGGGGUGCCGGACUCCCUCUAGAGAAUAUGCUAGAAACAGGCCCUGUCUUCUUGGCGUGGUUUAUAUAUCCGGGAUCUGGCUCAGAUUCUGGGGCUCAGAAAUGUCUGUUGCAUUGAGCUAUUGGGGUGGGAGUGAAAACAUUUAUGGCCAGAGCACCUCCAACCAGGCUGGUCUGGGAGCUGUGGGAAGAAAAAGGUAGCCAGGCCCACCAGGAGGGGAGGUGUUGAAAGGCUUCUCCCCCAGUGCAGAUUUAUAUAUUUUUUCCUUCACCGUGUCAAGUAGAAACAAAAACAAAAUUUAAAAAAAAUACUGGGGACUAAUGACUACAUUAACAUGAUUCUGUUUGUGAAGAUUAAAAACUUUAUAGUGACUUGCAUAUCAGUUCUGAAUAAAUUACUGAGCAGCAUUGUUUGGGGAGGGAAGUCCUUGCCAUCCUUGUUUGGUCUCUAUUAAGGAAAUCUGUGUCUUUUUAAUAUUCUUGUGAUGUUUUAAGAGCCGCUAUAGGUCUCUUCUUGCAUGUUCCACAGUAAUGUAUUUGUGGUUUUUAUUUUGAAUGCUUGCUUUUAGAGAGAACAGAACAUGACCCCACACCUUUCUCCCCCCUCUUCUCUACCCUCCAGUCGGCAACCCCAAGGGGGGAGGAUUUAGAGGGAAGGGGUGGGGAAAACACAAAAAUGAAUUUAUUUUAUCUAAGCUCUGUAGCAGGAUUUAUGUCCUCCUUUGGCAGUUCUUUCUCUUUCCUGUAUAUGCAAUAACAAGGUUUUAAGAAAAAUAAUAAAGAAGAAGCGAGACUAUUAGACAAAGUAUUUAUGUAAUUAUUUGAUAACCCUUGUAAAUAGGUGGAAUAUGAAUGCUUGGAAAAUUAAACUUUAAUUUAUUGACGUUGUACAUAGCUCUAUGUAAAUAGGGUCGCAGCUAUCAGGUUUUGUGUUACUGUUUUCCUUUCAUCAGUUUUACUUCAAGGUCACAGGAUCGCUUUUAAAAAACUAGAAAACACACUUUAUGCACUAACACCAACACACUUUUCAAACGAGUUGUCUGCAAAAAAAAAAAAAAAAGUUCUUUUCUUUUUUAGCGUCCAAGAGUGGGGCAAAGUGCCAUUGCCUAUUUCACCCCAAACUGGGGAGGUGGUGCCACAACCCAGCUCACCUUAAAUUCCUUAAAAUUUAACACCCCAAGUGUGGUUUUGAGAUUGCUUGGGGGGUGGGGGGGUGGGGAGUGCAGAGGCUGUGGUUUGACUUUCUAAUUUUUCUUUUGUAUUUGUAUUUGCUAGUCUGAUUUCUUCAAAACGAAGUGGAAUUGACUACUGUCUUCAAUAUUGAUGGUGUUUUGAAUUGGUGCCUAUAGAGAUAUAUUCACAGUUCACAAGUCAGGUGCUGAGAGAUGGUUUAAAGGCAAAAAUUCAUGAAGGUAUAUUUUGUGUUAUAAUUGUUGAUGAGUUCUUUGGUUUUCUGUAUUUCUUCCCCUCUCUUUAAAAAAACAUUGAAAUUUCAAUAAAUUUUUAUUGAAAUGUC